AUGGCAGCUUUUGGAUCGAUCCGGGAGGUCACCCGAGACAUCCUUCGCACCGAGCGCUAUAUCCCGCGUCCAGGCGAUGGAGGAUCACCAAGAGAGUUGGACACCUCCACUUUUGAAAGGGAAGUCGUCAACGGCACUAUCAAAGUCUAUGAUGCUGUCAGGAGGAAGCAAAGGGCGAAGGAGUGGUGCCUGGCUCUGAAGGAGCAGCUCACGGAGCCUGCAUCGCAUGUCCAGGUCCUUGACGAGUGGUACUCCAAGUUUCUCGAGUGCCAUUUUCAACCUACAAAGGAGGACGAGGACCUCGUCGACGAAGUGUGCGGCGUUAUAGAGCGUCUCCCGCAAGUCGCUGAUGAGUUCCACGAUCCUCUGGUUGACCGGCCGUACAGCCUCUUUGACGAAGAUUACUUUCUCCCCGACUCUGAUCCGUCUUGGGAAAGCUUGCGUGUUACCAACUUUGUCAGCCGCAAUGUGCUGCGUAUCGCGAUACAGAUUCAGAUUGUAUUCGGGGGAGAGUCCAACUACGCGGAACACUUUAGGUACGUUCUCGAUACCACGGUCGAGGUCCUCAGAGAGGCGAUUAUUCUUUCGCGGGAAGAUCCAUGGCCGGAAUGGGUUAUCGUCAAGGCAUUCUUCUGGACGUCAUGGCAGCGAGGAACAAGUCUCUACCACUACUACGUGCUCAAAGAGCAACUUACAUGGGGCUACGACACUCACAGGGACGUUACAACUCCCCUGGACGGAUCGGAUAUCGUGAGAAUGGCGGAGCGGUUGAAUCAGGCCAAGGCGGAGGCGUGCCAUCCGCCGUAUAUUUGCAACUGGUCCUGGAGGCUCUUGCGGGAGGACAAAGCCGUCGUUGGUCAGGACUAUAGGAGAUUCUUCAGCCGCUUGUCGCAGACGUUUUCUCACAGACAGGCUCGGUGCGUCAUUCCUACCGACGGAGGAGAGCCGACGACGUGCGAUGGUAGACAGCCUGGAAAGUGCCUCAGGCUGUCUGGGAUGAGUAUAACGAACCAGUCUGCUCACGCGCCGGACUGCGACGGAAACUGUUCGUCACUGUACUGGAACGAAGAGUCUUGGAGAGGCAUAGGCGGUGCGGCGGCUGUAUCGCUUGACCUGGGCGUCGAUGGCCGGCUGAACUAUGUUCAAGCUUCCAGCAAGACGAUAGCCGUCUCUCACGUCUGGAGCCAUGGACAAGGCGGCCGGCCAGAGGAUGACCCUUCGAUAGGGGGCACCGGCCUCAACAGCUGCUUGUUCAGGCGCUAUUCCAGGAUCGCAAGGAUGUACGAAUGCGAAUCUUUCUGGAUGGACACGCCGUGCAUUCCGAGCGAUCAUUUCCUCCGAGAAGAGGCGAUAGCCAACAUCAACUUCAUCUUUGCCAUGAGCAAGCUGACGCUUGUCUGCGACAAGGACCUGAUGGCCAUUGACGUUCGAGACGGGGACAUUGCCGCUAAGGAGGCUAUAGUUUCCAUGAUUUUGGUCUGCGAUUGGAACGUGCGCGCGUGGACUUUGCUAGAGGCGCUCAGGGGGCGACACAACAUCCACAUCCUCUGCAAGCAUGACGUCGUCGUGUCGCUGAAGGAUGUCCUGCUGGACGUGUGCAACCGGGGCAGCAUCGACAUUGCGGCUCUCUUCCUCUCUGCGCAGCAUCUGCUCCCGUCUCAGGCCUACGUUCACGGCAAGGGCCACGACGACCCUUCGCAGUCCGAGCGGUGGAUUGUCAAUCGACGAAAAGGCUUCGUCGAAAUCAAGGAGGCCGCUGGCCUGUUGGCGCUCAGACAGGCGAGUCGACCCGGCGACGCAGUCAUCAUAUGGGGACUCUUGUGCGGCGACACGGUGUUUGACAAGGCGGAGGACAUUUGGCGCAACCAAGUAGGGCGAGGCGUCCCGUCGGGCUGGCUGGUGUCCAGCUACGAGAGGCUGAGCAGCGUCAAGGGAUUCAGCUGGGCUCCUUCGCGGCCCAACUUUAGCCUGCACGGCGAGGGCUCGCCCACCGACUACGACAAGCUGCUUCUGCCCUACCACGGGGUCGAGACGCGGGUGAGCUUGAUUAAGGAGAGGGGGCUGCACGGGGACUGGUGGGCGUACAAGUUUGAGGCACCGCGGCGGCGGCGGCGGCGGACGACGGCGUUGGAUCGUAUGCUGGAGAAGUUCACGGGGGCGGGCUCUGUGUCGCCGCUGGAGAAGGCGGCUGUCGGGUAUCUCGACGAUGGGGAGGAGUGGUGUGCGCUUUUGAGGCCGCUGCAUACGUAUCGGCGGGACGUGUGGGUGCCUCAUCCAAGGAGGCUUUCGAAGGCGGUUUUUGCGGUGGUUGCGUCUCGUGAUGGGGAGGUUUGGCGGUGGAAGGGGGUGCUGGAGAUGGAUAUUGGGGUGCCGUUGCCACAGUUUCGGACGAUGGAGUUUUUGAUCGAAUGA